CUCAGCCCCCGCAUCAGAACAGGUCUCCGCGGCGCUCGCCCUUCGCCGAGCCCUACCGCCGAGCCCGCCCCGGGCCGGCGUGCGCUGGUCAUCAAGGCCCAGGCUGCCGCUGCCGCUGCCGCGGCGCGUUCUUGAAAUCAUGAAUCCUGUUUAUAGCCCUGGUUCUUCUGGGGUUCCCUAUGCAAAUGCCAAAGGAAUUGGUUAUCCAGCUGGUUUCCCCAUGGGCUAUGCGGCCGCAGCUCCUGCCUAUUCCCCCAACAUGUACCCUGGAGCAAAUCCUACCUUCCAAACAGGUUACACUCCUGGCACACCUUACAAAGUGUCCUGUUCCCCCACCAGCGGGGCAGUGCCACCAUACUCCUCCUCCCCCAACCCCUACCAGACUGCUGUGUACCCUGUGCGAAGUGCCUACCCCCAGCAGAGCCCCUAUGCACAGCAGGGCACGUACUACACACAGCCCCUGUAUGCAGCACCCCCUCAUGUCAUCCACCACACCACGGUGGUGCAGCCCAACGGCAUGCCAGCAACAGUGUACCCUGCUCCCAUCCCUCCACCUAGAGGCAAUGGCGUCACCAUGGGCAUGGUGGCUGGGACCACUAUGGCCAUGUCAGCAGGUACCCUGCUGACCGCCCACUCCCCAACUCCUGUUGCCCCCCACCCAGUCACUGUGCCCACGUAUCGGGCCCCAGGAACGCCCACCUACAGCUACGUGCCCCCUCAGUGGUGAUCACCCUGCAAAUGUUUGAGGAUGGAGCUGUGCAGUCACAUCUUGGAGGUUCCACAGCUGGUGCUGCAGGCCUCGCGCCUCCAACCUGGACUUUCUUCUUAAUGCUCUCGACACUUAGCUAACACUACUCUGGCCCGGCCCAGCAGGUCCCAGCGCCAUUAGUUUCCAACUGACUCUGUGGGUUGGUCUUAAAGCAAUUCCUGUUUUGUGGGCUGCCUGGCAAUUUUUUAGCUAACUGUAAUGAUAAAAAGGGAGUAUUAAUCUAUUCUGAAUCAUAUCUAGUUGAAUGCAUGUUUAAAAAAAACAAACAAAAAACAAAGCUUGCUCAAUCUACCUGCAGUGACUGAUGCAAAACCAUCAUAUGCAAAACCCAAAGGAAUGGAAAAGCAUUUUACAACUUGUAUCACUAAUGCACUGUU